GGCUGUUUCCGACCUUCGCGGUGAGAGUUUACGUACCGGUGACAGGCUGCGCUCAGAAAUGAACGCAAUGACAUGAACAGACCCCAGGAACUAUCCAAGUCAAACACAAAACCUGACACAUUGAGCAAUUCAAGAUGGUUUUAGAAAGUAUUUCAAGGAUAAUAAAAGUCCAGCUUCCAGCAUACCUCAAGAGGCUUCCGCUUCCGGAGACCAUCGGCGGAUUUGCAAGGUUGACAGUGUCCGAGUGGCUCCGGUUGCUCCCUCUCCUGGGUAUCUUGGCUCUUCUGGGCUAUCUGACCAUUCGUCCAUUCCUGCCUAAGAAGAAGAAGCAGAGAGACAGCCUGAUCAACCUGAAGAUCCAGAAAGAGAACCCAAAAGUGGUCAACGAGAUAGACAUCGAGGACUUGAACAGCGCCAAUGUGUGUUACUGUCGCUGCUGGCGCUCCAAAACUUUUCCUGUGUGUGACAAGUCACACUUAAAGCACAACGAGCUAACUGGAGACAACGUGGGACCGCUCAUACUCAAAAAGAAGAUACUGUAAUCGACCACUGAUGGGAGUUUUGCUUUCACCUCCACAAGCCUUUAGUUUUCUUUUCCUAACAGUUUGUGGUUUGUCUACUUUUUUUUUUUUUUUUUUUUUUACAAGAAUGCUGUUCGGGCCUUGGUGUCAUGUUGUUGGUCUGAAAAAUUCACUUCCUCAGUCUUUAUUUGAAGUGCUUCUAACACACCUAGAAAUACAAAUUGACAGUGAGAUUGUGUGAAAACUGCAUUUUAGGUUGUGCAGUUAAGAAGGUGUUGCUUGUUGUGUUUUUUUUUUUUGUUACCCUUUGUUCAGUCUUUACUUGUGUUGGUUAACAGAACACUUUUUAUAUGACUGUAAACUUCAAUUUUAGUCAUGUCUCAGUCUUGUUCAAAUCAAUUACAAUUCAUCACUGGGACCACUUUGAGGGAAAAACUUGAAACAUAAAUGCAGUGACUUUAAUGAUGACUUUCAUUAAUCUGAACACAUCAGGGUAAGUCCCUCUUAAAUGGUUGUUAGAAUUAGACGUAAUACUACUCCAACCUGUAAUUAACAUUUUGUACUGUAUGUCUUCAUUCUGGAGGUUCUUUUUUUUAAUUUUUUUUUAACAGUCAGCCUUUGUAGUGUUUCUUUUUCCUUUUUUCAGAUUGUCUGUGUGCCAAAUAUUAACAUGUCCACACUUUAAGGAUGUGAAAUAUUCUCUUAUAAGUUAUUGUGUGUAUGGGAGGCUACUUAUUAUUUUUUUCAGAUGUAUUUUGUUCAUAGCCUUUAAACAUUUGAGUUUUCAAUUUAUAUCCAACUCCGUUGCCUACAAACAUUUCAAACCACUGCACCGUUGAGUAAUACCCAGUUACAGUUUUAACCUCACUGCCCUAUUGAGGUUUGAGAAUGUAUCUGCUGCAACUUCAGAAGCUCUAUACCGUUUUUUUUUUGUUUUUUUUGGAUAGCCUUUGUAUUGUCAUAAUGGCUGUAUAUAGUUGACUUUCUGCUGGAGUAUUUCCUUCUUAAUUCAUGAGCAAUAUUUUAGACAUAAAUUGCCUUUCAGAUCUGUGUUUUCAUGAUGAAUGACUGCGUGUUUAUGAACCUUUGUAAGAAAUGGCUGGAAUUGAUUCAUUCUUUAAUGAAAUGUAAAAUGUAAAACCGAACAGUCAGGAUGUUUAACUCAACAGUUUUGGCAAACAGAACUGCAGCUUCAUUCCCUUCUUUCACUAUAAAUUAUGAUUGGGAAACACUUCAUGUAAGCUUGAGUUGAAAUACCUUUCAAUUAAUAACAAGGUAACAGAGUACAUCA